AUGGCCGCCGGACCGAAACCCAUCUCACCUCAAACCUCCAAGAUGCGGGCCACCCAGAGGGACGGUAUCGCCAGGGCCUUUGAUGACUUCUGGGCCAAAUACCAAGAACUAACUCUACAGAGCGAGGCACAGCGUGCUACCGAAGAACCGAACCACAGCAAUAGAUGGAUUGACAUGAAUCUGGGCCAG